UUAUGAUUGAAAAAUGGACAAAUAUCCAUCAGAAUUCAAAUGAAAUGCAUUCAGCAAUCAUAGAUGUUUGGCUCACUCGGAUAGUAAAGGCACUGACAUGAAGAAUAUGAAAAAUAUCAGUUGGAAAAAAAUAUGGGACAACUUUGGUCAAACUCCGAGGGAGUAACAUGUUCUAAAGAUACAGCUUUAAAGACAGCUUGGCAAAUUUCAGAGAGCGAUAAUGUUGACCGGACAAUUAUCAUGCGUGAAAAGACAGAAACGAAACGUUUUGGUGAAGUAGUUGAUCGAUGGACAAGACAAACAGAACUAACGGCAUUAACAAUCGCUUGUUUGAAUAAUGAUGUUAAACUUGUUAAGGAAUUGAUAAAUAAAGGUGCAGAUGUUAAUUUAGUUGCCAGAGGAGAUCAACAUACAAAUUACGAUAACAGUGUGCCACCCAUAUUCUAUGCUGCAAAUAACAGAAGCGUUGAAAUUGUGAAACUUCUUAUAGAUGCAGGAGUUGAUAUAAAUAGAUUCCAGGGACUUCCACAGUGUAUCAAUUUACAGAAACCAACUGACUCACGUGCAAUCAUUGGUCCAAAUCGGCUUCAGUACUUUGGAUUUUCAAGACAUUCUGGUGGUCCUCAAAUGUUUUUAAAAGUACUAGAGCAGUAUUUAAAUGCUGGCGUUAAACUUAACACUACAUCUUGGGGACCAUGUCUCUUUUUAGGGAGAGGUAAGGUUUAUGAAGCAAAUCGUCCAACGACCUUACACAUAUCCGGACCGUGGUUUAUUUGUAUUACAGCAAUUAUGUUACUACAACAUGGAGUGGAUCCGAACUUGUACAAAUUUGGAGAUGUUUUAUGUCAACAAAGAUCACAUUGUAUGUUCUCUCGACAGAAUGAUUACUGUGUCGAUGACAGGACAUUUGUGGCAACAUUCUUAGCUGCUGGGUAUGAACUUACCGUAGCUGAUAUGAAUCGCUAUGAAAAUUAUCACUUCAAAAGUGGAACUGACUAUCAAAUAGUGAACGACUUUGGAAGAACGCCAAGAUUAAAACACCUUGCUCGAACACAAAUUCGGAAACAUAUCAGAUCCGUAAAUGAAGAUACAUCUGUAUUUCCGGUAAUUGACAAGUUAACACUUCCAACAAUUCUAAAAGAUUUUUUAAAACUAUAUGACGUGAGUCCUUCUGAUAUGUCAUCUGUUGUUUGUCAUGAACACAGACGAUGAUUACUGUGUAAUAAAGGGUAUAACAUUGUAAUUUCCUUACGUUUCUGCAGAGCCUCGCCGUAGAUCAUCGUUAGCUCAACCUGAAACAAAGGAACAACUGCUUCAGAUUAAAAAGACAAGUUAUUUUUCUCCAGAACUCUAGUGUAUAGGGAAUCACCUUCAUUCAAAUUGUUGAAAAACCUAUUGCUGUGACGUUUUUUUGUUUUUUGUUUUUUGUUUUCUUGCAACGCCUUAUAUAGGUUAAAAGAAUAACAUAAUAACUUGAUUAUAAAACAAAGAAAAUGCGGUAUGAUUGCCAAUGAAACAGCUGGCCUCCAAAUAUCCAAUGAAGCGGAUACAAGCACUUGCAGACAACCGUACGGCCUUCAAUAAUUAGAAUCCCCCAUAUCAAAAGUCAGCUAUAAAAGCCCUCAACCUGAAAAAUAUAAAUAAUUCAAUUGAGAAAAUUAAUAUGCUGCAUUUAUAACAAAGCAAUAUACGAAAAAUAAUAUGGCAUGAACAAAUGACAAUCACUGAACAACAUGACAAUAGGCAUACACAGAAUUUGGCAGGGUUACAAAUGUUUGUCAGUGCUCGAUACUCCCCUAACAUAAGACAUUAGUGUCACAAUUCAAAAUAAGACCAAACUAUAACAAUCUGGUGCAAAGUCUUAACUCAUCAGAUCGAUACAUCAUGGUAACAGGAUAAAACUUAGGAAAUCGCACAAACUCCGAAAGGACGCGACAUGAUGCGAUGAUUAGGGUAAAGUCCCAUUCUUUGCAUGCAUUGCUUUAGCUAUAUGUUGUCAAAACAAUCACAAAGAGAUAUAGGAAACAAUCGGUAAAAUUACAGUUUUGGUGACCAUUCUGGUAUCUAAAGAUAAAUAAACAUGCUGUAUUACACUGUUUUUGUUCAUGUUUUAUCUCUUAGAUUCACAAAUGAACAACUGCUUAUGCUUAAAAGGCAAUUUAAUGAAGCGGAUGUAAGCACAAAACAAUUUACGGAAAAAAAAUAUUGCACUGAACAACAGGCUUCUGUCUUGCAAUAGGCAUAAACAUAAUUUUGCGGGGUUAAACAUGUUUGUGAGUGCUCAAUACUUCCCGAACCUGGGACAUCAAUGUCACAAUUCAAAAUAAGAACAAACUUUAAAAAUCUGGUGAAAAUUCUUAACUCAUCAGAUCGAUACAAAGCAGAAAACUUCUAACAAAAGCACAGAACGAACGCGCAAGGUAUUUAUUCAUCCCUUACAUCGAAAAGACACGAAGUACCAAUUUGAGAGAACUCACAGUUAUUGACAGCAAGUUCGAAGCUAAUAACAACUUAUAAGAAUAUGUAUCUACGACCAAAAUAUCAAUCAGUACACAUUCAAUAUCCAAUGGAUUUAGUUUAAAGACAUAAAAUGCCAACAUAAAGGUAUCAACAGAUUGCAGUUCCGUGAAAGUGCAUAUGUGUAUAUAUAACAAUAAUAUUUAGUAAUGUUUAAAUUUACUAAUUUUUUUUUUAUACCAAUAUUAUAAUCUCCAAUGAUCUUAUUACAGUGCUGAACAAGGAAAUUUGUAGUAUCAGUUUACAUUGUGGUAUUGUACUAUAGUAAUUUGUGUAUGUUUUUAUUAGUUUUGUGCUUCUUUGUUAAAUAUCUUGUUUUAGUGAUUAGG